UCCUGUACUGAGCCAAACAUGGCGAACUAGAGUUGUGUCUGUGAGUGGCAUUGUUGUCAUGAGAGUUUUCGUUCGCGACUUUGGUCAACAAGUCUAAAAUGACAAUGCAGUAGUGACCGUAUCGCUCCAGACAAAGGAGUAGACGAUUCAAACCGUCACCGAUUGUGCUGCUAACCCAACAUUGUUGUGAUGAGUGGUGACCACCUUAUUUGAGGUUGUGUGGUUGCAGGGCAAUAGUACCUGGAUCAAGUCAACAUCCAGUGACUCUUCUGUGCAACAGAAAGAAAUGGAAAGUGCAACAGCUGCUUCGAAGGAGCCAACCUGCAGGAAAAAGGUGGUGGUCUCUGAAAGUGCUGAAAUGAAACCUUCAGUUGUUACAAGGCAGACAGCAAAGAGGGCACAUGAAGGGGUGGGAGACCGUCGAAUGAGUCUACGCCUCAGACAAGACAAUGGCAAAGGAUCUGAUCCUUCGUCUGUGAUUCUUGGCACAAAAGAUGCGUUGGCAUGUGAAAAUCCUAAAAAGAAGAUGAAAACUUCAGAGUGUUCCAAAACACAGCUGAAAAAGCCACAGGCUGAGCCAGAACAUGCAGAACCUUCAGAGGCAAAUUCGAACCUCAGGAAAUCUGUACGCUUACGCAGUGCUACAAAGAUGCAGAAACUGGAUGAAAAACCAGAUAAAGAGACGUCUUCAUCUAACCCUGACGAUGUGGAGUCUAAAAACAAUGUGACUCACACAACGUCAGAGUCUGCAGAGGUGGUGGAAUCAGAAAACUCCCAGAGUGACUCUCCAUCUGCCUUAACAUGUGAUAAGAAGAAACCCAAAGCAGUCCGGUGUCGUGUGCCGUGUCUUAGUCUGAAGGAUAAAGAGGGAGUUCCAAAGACAUCUCUGGCAAAGACGCCGGAGAGAAGUGACUCAGAAUCGGAAUUUGAAAUGGAAUCGGGAUCGGAAUUUGAAAUGGAAUCUGAAUCGGAAUUUGAAUUGGAAUCUGAAUCGAGGUCUGAAGAGGAUGAUGAAGAAGCAGCACCGCCUGUGAUGAGUCCCUUACAAUGUCCCAAACUUGACAGAAAAGAUCAACCAUUUGUCCUCCUCAAGUCUGUGCUUGUGGGAGAGGAUGAGUACCAGUGCGAUCGCUGCACUCGGACCUUCACUUGUGUCUCCAAGCUCGUCAGGCACCAGCAGUGCAAGGAUGGAACUAUCUCCUGCAGCACCGAUGACGAUGCCGUCGUGGAAGCCUCGCUACCGUGCAACAUGUGCGCCCGGCGGUUCAGCAGCGCUAACAGUCUGAAGCGCCACAAGCUGCUGCACGUCAUGGACGGCCGGAGGUGCCGCACCUGUGGCGUGUUGUUCUGUAAACUCCACAGCAACAUUUUAAUCUCCUCUCAGACGACAGCUUCAGAGUCGGAGGAUGGAUCGACUGAGGAGUUGGAGAGUUCAGAUCUCAAACAGAAAUCUAUUGAAACGUCAACGGCCAAAUCGAACGCAACGACUGACCAGUCGACUGAAUCCGACCCAUGGAGCUUUGUACCUCUGUUGUCCAAAAAUGGCACCACUUUCAGUCAUGACUCUGCUACCCCUAAUCUCCCUUCACAGCCGUCAGACAUGUGUUUCAAAACACCAUCAAAAGCCCCGUCUUCACCACCAAAAUGCUCCCCUUCUGUGUCAUCUGAACCACAACCCGCCAGCUUCACCACCUCAAACUUCAAACCCAAACCGGCUGACUACCCUGCUGGUUUCAUUCAGCCACAUCUGUCCAGGGAUCCAAAGCUGCCGCCUGGACUGGAGAUGUUCGCGUCACACUACCUCACCUCCUCUUAUCUGGAGGUGAAGAGAAACCAUGACUAUCUUUUGAAAGGAGGAACGGAGCUGAAGAUGAAUGUUGAAGCCCAACAGGCCAAGACUCAGCCGAUUGUUUCAGCUGAGAAAAGCACAGAAAAGGCACCAAACAAAAUAGUCAUUUAUGAGCUACCCUUCUUUUUGUAGACUCUUUUUGCCCACUUUUCCGUUAAGAUCUUACAAGGACUUCAACUACAUUUCAACAAAUUUGUUUUUGAUGCUUUGCUCUGGCUACUGUAGUUUAAAGCUUCCCUUUCACUCCGACUGCUGCUCUACUGCCAGUGAUCCUGUCUGCACUCUAACUCUUCCAAUCCCAGCCUGUCACCCAAAUACUCAUGAGAAUUAAAAAGUACUUUACUUGAA